AUGGCGGCCGCCGUCCGGGGGGACGGGCCGGACCCGGCCGGGAAGGGACCGGGAAGUGACGGGCUGGGAAGUGACGAGCUGGGAAGUGACGAUCCGGGAGGGACGAUGCGGGAAGGACGAUCCCGGACAUGCCGUGCCGGUGCUGCCGGUGCUGCCGGCCGUGCGGUUGUUGGCUCUCUCCGCUCUGAUCCCUCCGCGGCAGCCGCCGACAACCGCACCCGCGGAUCCCUCCGCGCCCCGCGGGUCAGCGGGGGUGGGAGGGCGCGCCAGCGCGACAAAUCAUAUUUGAAUUGUUUGCUGUUCCUCCAGUGCCUCGCAUUCCAUGAUAUUUCACCUCAAGCUCCAACACAUUUCCUAGUGAUUCCUAAGAAGCCAAUUGUCAGAUUGUCUGAAGCAGAAGACUCUGAUGAAUCUCUUCUUGGGCAUUUAAUGAUUGUUGGCAAGAAGUGUGCUGCUAACCUGGGCCUGACGAAUGGAUUCCGGAUGGUUGUGAAUGAAGGGCCUGAGGGUGGGCAGUCUGUCUAUCACGUACACCUCCAUGUUCUGGGCGGCCGUCAGCUGGGCUGGCCUCCUGGCUAAGAUUUUUACACCACAAGAGCUAACUGCAUGCAUACAAGUUACCACCGAGCAGAUUUAAUGUGUUAUACAUCAGUCUAGCCACUGUUAGUGUAUUGUUUUUUUUUUUUUUUAAUGUGUGUCUACAGAGGGUGUUAAAUGCUCUGAGCAACAUUCGCACAAUAAAAUUUAAGCAUGUGGGAAUC